AUUACAGUAGGUGGCGGUAAUGCACACCAGAAGGUUGCUUGCCAACCGCCAUAAAAACAAAAGAAGAAGAAAAAGAAGGCCCCAGCCUGCUUGUUAAUAUUCAUGAGAGCAGUUUCUAUGACAACUUGAGAAAACACAACUUGGUCAUCUGAGAGCCUAUACCAGCAUUCUGGCUCAACAUGUACCUAAAAUAGUUUGUUAAUAAUCAGAAAAAAAUCAUCAGUAAAACUAAAAUGGAUGAAGGGUUGGCAGAUAAGCAUGAAGACCAAAAUGGAGGAAGUCAAGACAAGUGGACUGAGGAUGUGGACCCUGACGGAGAAGAUCCAGGCCAGCAGGAUACAAGAGAACCGUCUGAUAUCGUUGUUGUUAGGACACACGACAAGAACAAUGAAGAACCUUCAAGGACUAAUGAAGAGAGCACAGAGACCUUUAGCACGUCCAUGACGGAGGACACCAGCCAACACAACAUGGACCUAGUCCAAGAGCUCCUGGAAGAAGGGGACAAGGUGAGCCAGCACAACAGGCUGCUGCAGGCCCAGCUGGCCUUUUACUUCAGCAAAAAGACCCCCGAGCAAGAACACCCCCAGGUGUUUACACAGGACUAUGACAGGUGCGUUAACCUUCUGGAGGACUGGAGAACACAGCACGCCUUCCAGCUGGUUAGCGCACAGCAACAGGAGGUUGACAUGAGGCUGCACUGCCAAGAAGAGCAGGAAAAGGUGGAGGACGAAUGGCGGGCGUUGUUGACGCUUAAGAAGAAGCUGGCGGUGCCGCUGCUGAGUCGACGUUUGGGCCAAGAGGCGGCGGAGGCCCGAGUGGAAGCCACUCUGGAGUCUGAGCGUCUCGUUCGUGAGGAACUGAGGAGCCUCCGCGUGAAGCACGGCAGCCUGAAGAGCGCCGUGCGGCGUCUGGAGGAGGAGCUCCAUGACGAAGAGGAGGAGCAGGCUGGGGAUCAUCUCCAGCUCCAGUUUGAGCAGCUGCUGGCCGACAAGAUGCAACAGAGAAAAGUCUUUGAGCAGAGGCGCCAAGAAGCCUUGAGGCUCCACAAGAAGAUGAAGCGGAUCCUGGAGCUGCUGUCCAGCGCCAAGGAGAAGCUGCACCGGAGUCGCACAGGGGUCCUGAGCAAGCGCGAGCAGCUGGCCCAGCUGGACGCUACCAUGGCCGCCAAGAGGGACCUGCUGGCCAGGACCAAGCGGGCCUGCAGCUGCCUGCAGAGGCACAACGCGGACCUGGAGCAUGAUGCCGGGCUGCUGGGACACCGGAUGCUGCUGCGGGACUUUGGGGUCACUGCCGGCGCCUCGAAGCUGCUGCAAGACGAAGUGGACAAACUCAAAAGUCGGCUGCAAGAAACGCUUUCAACUAAAACAUCAAUAACAUGACGUGGAUUCAGUUGUUGUAGCCGGAAUUCACAUGAUUUUUGUAGCAUUUCAUUCAUAGAAUUUCCCGGGCGCGGCCACAGCUGCUGCCCACUGCUCUCCUCCCCUCCUGUGUGUGUGACAAACAUUGUUACUUUAACUUUUAUUUUAUAUAAUUGUGUGUACGAAUUCAUAAUUAUGUAUAUCACCAGUCAUAUUUUUCUUUAUAACAAUUGAUACACAUUAACUAACUGCAUGGACAGAUAAUUGUACUUGAAAAGACAUUCCGAAUUAAGAUUUGUCCAUCUAGAACAGUGGUUCUCAACCUUUUUUCAGUGAUGUACCCCCUGUGAACAUUUUUUUAAUUCAAGUACCCCCUAAUCAGAGCAAAGCAUUGUUGGUUGAAAAAAAGAGAUAAAGAAGUAAAAUACAGCACUAUGUCAUCAGUUUCUGAUUUAUUAAAUUGUAUAACAGUGCAAAAUAUUGCUCAUUUGUAGUGGUCUUUCUUGAACUAUUUGGAAAAAAAAGAUAUAAAAAUAACUAAAAACUUGUUGAAAAAUAAACAAGUGACUCAUUUAUAAAUAAAGAUUUCUACACAUAGAAGUAAUCAUCAACUUAAAGUGCCCUCUUUGGGGAUUGUAAUAGAGAUCCAUCUGGAUUCAUGAUCUUCAUUCUAAACAUUUCUU